UCUGGGGGGGCGUUUGUAGAGUUACACAGAGUUGAGGCUGAAGGCGGGUUAGUGUCUGGGUUUGAGAGAAACAGCGGCGCCUUUUCUGCCUCAAACCUGCGCUGGCAUGACACGGGGCUGUGUGUGAAAGCCAGAAGAUCAGCAUGAAUCUCGACAGACUGCGGAAGCGUGUGCGCCUUUAUAUAGAUCAGCAACAGUAUCAGAGUGCUCUCUUCUGGGCUGACAAAGUAGCAUCUUUAUCCCAUGAGGAUCCUCAAGACAUUUAUUGGUUAGCACAGUGCCUUUAUCUUACUUCUCAGUACCACAGAGCCUCUCAUGCUCUACGCUCUCGCAAACUUGACAAGCUUUAUGGAGCUUGCCAGUAUCUUGCUGCAAGGUGCCAUUAUGCUGCCAAAGAAUACCAGCAGGCACUUGACAUUCUGGAUAUGGAAGAACCAGCAAGUAAAAAGUUAUUAGACAAAGGGCUAAAGGAGGAGGCUGGCACUAGAGAAACUGCCAAAGAAUGGGAAAUGUCUCCAACUUCAAUCAGUAGUUCUAUCUGCCUCCUGCGGGGAAAAAUCUAUGAUGCCAUGGACAACAGACCUCUAGCCACAUCCAGCUACAAAGAGGCCUUAAAACUGGACGUCUACUGCUUUGAAGCAUUUGACCUUUUAACGUCUCAUCACAUGCUGACUGCUCAAGAGGAGAGAGAUUUCUUAGAUUCCCUUCCCCUAAACCAGCAAUGUACAGAAGAGGAGGAGGAACUGUUACACUUUCUUUAUGAGAAUAAGUUAAAGAAGUAUAACAAACCUAGUGAGAUGGUCGUACCUGAAUUGGUCAAUGGUCUUCAAGACAACUUGGAUGUAGUCGUAUCUCUUGCAGAACGACAUUAUUACAACUGUGAUUUUAAGAUGUGCUACGCUCUCACAUCAAUGGUAAUGGUGAAAGACCCAUUCCAUGCAAAUUGUUUACCAGUGCACAUAGGAACCCUAGUGGAGCUGAGCAAAGCAAAUGAAUUGUUUUACCUCUCCCACAAGUUGGUGGAUUUAUACCCAAAUAACCCGGUGUCCUGGUUUGCUGUUGGAUGCUAUUACCUUAUGGUGGGGCACAAAAAUGAACAUGCACGGCGAUAUCUAAGUAAAGCCACCACAUUGGACCGCACGUAUGGGCCUGCUUGGAUAGCGUAUGGCCAUUCAUUUGCUGUGGAGAGUGAGCACGACCAGGCCAUGGCAGCUUACUUCACUGCUGCCCAGCUCAUGAAAGGGUGUCAUUUACCCAUGCUGUAUAUUGGCCUGGAGUAUGGACUCACGAACAACCCAAAGCUGGCAGAGCGCUUUUUCAGCCAAGCUCUAAGCAUUGCACCAGAGGACCCCUUCGUAAUUCAUGAGGUUGCCGUGGUGGCCUUUCAAAACGGAGACUGGAAGACAGCAGAGAAGUUGUUUCUAGAUGCAAUGGAGAAAAUCAAAGCAAUUGGAAGCGAGGUAACGGUGGACAAAUGGGAGCCAUUGUUAAACAAUCUUGGUCAUGUGUGUCGGAAACUAAAAAAGUAUGAGCAGGCUCUGGAAUACCAUCGGCAGGCCCUGGUCCUCGUUCCACAGCACGCCUCCACCUACUCAGCCAUUGGCUAUGUGCACAGCCUCAUGGGGGACUUUGAAAGUGCCAUUGACUACUUUCACACUGCACUUGGUCUAAAAAGGGAUGACACGUUUUCUGUCACCAUGCUCGGCCACUGCAUCGAGAUGUAUAUUGGUGACUCUGACGCCUAUAUAGGGACUGACAUCAAAGACAAAGUGAAGAUGAUCCCCGGCACGGCAGCUCUGAAGAAGAUACUCAGCACUUCAGCUGAAGACAGUGACAGCCAGACCCAGCCUCUAGAGGAGAGCAGCGUCAUGGCCCCAGAGACACCACCAGCUGAUGCCUUCCAGCGCUUCCUCUUAGAAUGUGACAUGCGUGAGAGUGACAUGAUGCUAGAGACCUCCAUGUCUGACACCAGCACGUGAUAGUGGAGACUGCACUCCGAAGAGAAUGGAGAGAAAUAUAUACUGACAAUUGAAAAAGACUGAGAAGAGAAAUACGAGUGUUCUGAGGAAGACCUCACCUGCAGCACUCCCCCAGAUCUAUGAUGAAAUUUCUUUUGCAACCGUGGAGAAUUUAUUAUGAAUAAAUGUACUGAGAUAAAUACAUAAAGGCUUUUAAUUAACAAAAAGUAAUACAAACCAUA